AUGGCCUCAAUUGAUCCUCGUGCAGGGGCGGAAAUAGUAUAUGGAUCAUCAGAUUGUUACAAACAAUCGGUGGAGUUACUCGAGGAAUUGGGAUUUCCAAAAGGAGUAAUGCCAUUGAAAGAUCUUGAAGAGUGUGGACGUGUUCAAGAGACGGGGUUCGUCUGGAUGAGGCAGAAAGGUCCAUACGAGCAUUUUUUCGAAGGAACGAAUACAAAGGUGAGUUAUGCAACCGAAGUAACGGCUUAUGUGGAAAAAGGAAGGAUGAAGAAAAUGACGGGGGUUAAGAGUAAACAACUUAUGAUUUGGGUACCUAUUGUUGAUAUGAUUAUCGAUGAUUCCGGUAAGAAAAUCAAUUUUAAAACUCCGGUGGGGAUAGGAAAAACUUUUCCUUCAUCGGCUUUUAUGACUGAAGAAGAGAAGGAGACGAAGUAUUUGGAGUACUAA